AAUAUUUUUUUUUUUAAUUACAAGAUUAAAAAGCUCAGUUUGAAAUCAGCGCUUGAUAAGUAAACAAUGAUGAGAUUUCUUUGGUUACUUCUGCUAAUAAUCCAUGCCACCUAUGCUGGAGAGAAACAGGAGUGCGUCAUGAAAGAAUAUUUGGACCCCAAUGAUUCCCAAGAUAAUGCAUUUUUGUGGAAGAACCUGUUCAUAAAGUUAAAUAAGGUUGUGGAAGCCACAGAAAAAUUGGAACAAAAUUUCGAGAGUAUUAAUAAAAGAUUGGAUGAAUUAACCAGGAGACAAAAUGAACAAGAAGAUCGUUUAAAUAAAUUAUUGGAGAACGCCAAUGUUGGAAAUAAGGCUCCUGAAAGUCAAUGGACAACCAUAAUGCGUCGUAAGGAUGGUUCGGUGAACUUCAACCGUAAUUGGAAUGAAUAUAAAAAUGGCUUCGGCAAUCCCGAUGCCGACUUCUUUGUUGGCCUUGAAAUGUUACAUCGCCUAACGACCGAAGGAAAACCGCAAGAGCUACUGGUCGUUCUGGUAGAUUUCGAAGAUGAGACGCGUUAUGCUAGAUAUGACAGUUUCGGUUAAUUGGAUUCGGGAGUC